UUUGACAAACAUUUUAAUUGAACUUAUUAAGUGAAAGUGCAAUAUUGGUGAUAAGAUUUGUGUUGGAUCUUCAAGACUUUUGAUAGAUAAUGGAGGAGGAGCUAGAAGAGAGCACUACUCUGCCGCCGAGAUACCGGCCCGAGCCACCAGACGCGCUCGCCCGUGCCUGCCGCUUCACCCCACAUGAGAUCAAGCUCAUGUAUAGAGGCUUUAAGCAGGAGUGCCCGACGGGAAUGGUGGACGAGGAAUCCUUCAAGAAUAUAUUUUGUCAGUUCUUCCCGCUCGGAGAUGCGACACAGUACGCGCACUACGUCUUCAACACGGUCAAACAUAAGCAAAAUGGGAAACUUAAUUUUGAGGAGUUCCUAGAGACUCUCUCCCGUGUGGCGCGCGGCUCAGUACAAGAGAAGCUGUCAUGGGUGUUUGCCUUGUACGAUGUGGACGGCGAUGGGCGCAUCUCCCGCGCGGAGAUGCUGGCCGUUGUGCAGGCGGUGUAUGAGCUUCUCGGUCGGGCUGCUGUGCCCCCGGUCAGUCAGACCUCCGCCAAGGACCAUGUUGAUAGGAUCUUUCAUCUGAUGGACGUAGACGCGGACGGAGCGGUGUCGCCGGAGGAGCUGGCCCGGUGGUGCGCGCGCGACCCCGCGCUGCUGCGCUCGCUGGACACCCUUGACACCGUACUCUGACGCGCGCCGCACGACCUGCGCAGGAAUGCAGAAGCGCAGGCGUCGUGCUCCACAGCCGAUGACGUCACCAGCGGCCCGCCCUCCCCUCCGCG